AUGAAACCAUCAUCCCACCAUCAUCAUCUAGCCAAUCGUCGAUUCUUUCUUCUAUUACUACUCUUACUACUAUGGAUGAUUAACCAAGUGUCAUCAGACUUUGUCAUUUUAAAAGAAACAUUAAACAAAGAUAUAGAUAAUGACUCUAUUGCACAAACUCAAAUAUCAAAUCAGUGUGACCACCAAUCAGCUGAUACAAAUCAUUGUCUCAUUGCACAUAUCAUAAAUGAUGAUGAUUAUAUUGGUUUCUCUUAUCGAUCCAAUCAUCAACAACAACAGACACCAUUUAAUUCAACCGACAACAGAUAUAUAGAGUUUAAGUUAAUGGUUACUCCUCCCCCUACUACUACUACUACAGCUACGACACCUAUUCUAUCAGUAUCAAUAGACACUGAUGGAAUAGUAGUAUUAAACAAUAAUACAUUAUAUGUAGAGGAGAGCAGCAGCAACAGAGACGGAGGAGAAACCAAUUUUUUUACACAAUACCGAUUGAUACGAAUCUAUCUAGGUAGAUUAAACAUUAAAGACAACUCCCAAUUCAAAUCGAUUCGUAUUCAAUGUUCAUUAAAACAAUCAAUCAUUUAUCUAUCUUCUGUAUCUUUAUUAUUAAAUCGUGGAUUUAAUACAAACAACAACAAUGAUAGUAACGAUAGAGGAAGAAGAGGUAAAAUAGCAGCAGGUGUAGUAGUACCAUUGGUAGUUUUAAUCAUCAUUGCUCUGAUUAUUAUUGUAUAUAAAAGAAAAAAACAAAGUGAUAAGAAAUUUAUAUCAAAUCUUUAUGAUAAUCAAUCUAUUGGUUCAAGAUAUGGUGGUGGUGGUGGUGCUGGUGGUCAAAGUUUUAAUGGUCAAAGUUUUAAUGAUCAAAGUAACGGUGGUGAUCCAAACGCAAUUGAGAUGACUGUAUUUUCUUCAACUCCAACACCUCCUAUGACAAUAACCAAUCAAAUGUCAAUCAUUGUAGAGAAACCAAUAACAACGCCUACCUCAUUAUCUCCUCCGCCAUCACCUCCUCCUCCACCACCAAUUCCAUCACCAAUAUUUCCACCAAAAAUCAAAUCAAAUAGAGCCUAUUAUUCUACACCAAAUCCUCUAAAAUCAAUUAAUUUCUCACCUCCUCUUCCUCCUCCUCCUCCUCCUAAUCCUACUCCUACUUCACCCCCUCCACAUCCAGCUAAAAUAUUUGGACAACCUAUUAAAGGAGAUAAAGUACCAUAUAUAGUUCUAAGUACCAUUGAACAUUUAACAAGGUAUGGAUUAAAAGAACAAGGAAUACUUAGAGUUGCAGGUAGUAAAGUGCAAGUUGAUAAAUUAGUUCAACUAUAUGAUAGUGGCCUAUCAGUAAAUCUAAUAGAAUCUACCAACGAUAUACAUGCUGUCGGUGAUGUACUUAAAAAAUAUUUACGCGAAUUACCUCAAUCAUUGUUGACUGAAAAUGUUGACCAUAUCAUAUUUAUGCAAGACAAACAACAACAAAUAGAGUGUUUAAAAAAGUUGAUAGAUUCUAUGCAAGAGUUUGAAAGAUCUACCAUUGAAGUAUUAUUUAAAUUCCUUUCUCUUGUAUCUCUUCAUUCUGAUGAAAACAAAAUGAAUAAUUCUAAUAUCUCUUUAAUAUUUUCUCCAACUUUAAAUUUUGUUCCAGAUUUAAUUGAUUUAUUUAUUAAACAUUGUGAAAUAAUAUUUUAA